AUAGUUCUAAAGCGCUGAUAUUACACAAAAGUCGAAGAACGGAAGCCUGGCCCUUUAAUGACAUCCCUGGGCCCCCACCGAGGAGGGUGUUUUCUACUCUGGCGCCUCCGGGGGCGGGGCUUGCGCCAAGCCUACGUCACUACCGAGCGCCGGGCGCACUCCUUUGGCGGCGGAUUCAAACGUUCGGGCUGGGGUAUCGGGCCUGAAGGAGUGUCCCAGCGGCUGGGUGCUUCCUGCUGUCCGUUCGGGUGUGAAUUUCAGUGCGGUGCCGGGAGGAUCUUGGUAGCGAAGGCGGCUAGUGCCUGAGGGAGAGAAUGGCGCCCUCGACCACAGUCUCCCAGAGAAAGAAGAUAAAACGGAAGGCUCCCCGGGGCUUUCUUAAGCGCGUCUUCAAGCGACAGAAGCCUCACCUUCGUCUAGAGACAAGUGGCGACUUACUGGUGCACCUGAAUUGUUUACUGUUUGUUCAGCGUUUAGCAGAAGAGUCCAGGAUGAAUGCUUUUGAGGAUAAGUGUGGAGUCAUUAAAAAGGAGCAUGUACAGGCUGCAGCAAAGGUAAUUCUAAAGAAGAGCAGAGGUUAGAAGUCAAAGAACCAUUUUUGAAAAUUAUAUGAUGUAUUAUUUUAGGUGGUAACAGAUCUUCAAAGCACUUUUUAUAUAUCAGCUAAAUUGUAUAUUAAAAUAUUGGCUAGUUGUGGA